CAGUCACGUGAGGACAUGCGGAACUGGACCAUUUUCGGUCGAAAAGCAAAACAUUCGGGGGCGGUGAGUUGAGUGACUCAGUCUGCUGUAACGUUACGCCGACCUGCUGGAGUGGUUUCAUAAACUACGCCGUAUAAGUCGACUGUUAUACCCGGGGUUUGGCACGAUGCUGAGCGCCGCCGCCGCGGAGAGGAACAAGGAGCCCAUCCUGGCGGUGCUCCGGGAUAGUGUGCACACCGGGAGACCCCUGCUGGCUCUGGAGAUCUCCUCCGGUACUGGGCAGCAUGUCACACACUUUGCUCAGGCCCUGCCGAAUAUAACCUGGCAGCCAUCUGAGUAUGAUCGCCAGUCUAUAGUCAGUAUAGAAGCAUAUAGAGCUCGCUACCGGCUGAACAAUGUGAAGCCUGCCAUCCACCUGGAUGCUUCUCUGCCCUAUCAAUACUGGGGAGGAAUCCAGCCAGAGAGCCUCGACCUGGUGCUCAACAUCAACAUGAUCCACAUUUCUCCUUUGGCUUGUACAGAGGGUUUAUUCAAAGGGGCUGGAGUAGUGUUGAAACCUCAGGGCCUUCUACUGACUUAUGGGCCAUAUGCAGUGAAUGGUCAGAUUGUCCCUCAAAGCAAUGUGGACUUUGACUACAGCCUACGGCAGAGAAACCCAGAAUGGGGACUCAGGGAUAUCUCGCUCCUCAAUUCUCUGGCACAAAGCAAUGGUUUGUACCUGGAGAGAAUAGUGGACAUGCCAGCAAACAACAAAUGUCUUCUUUUCAGGAAGGAAAGUUUGGUGUGAAGUAUCCUGAUGCAGGAUGGUCAAAAUGCCUUAACUCGGAGCUCAGAUACAUUGCCAAAUUUUCAAGAGCCGUAAACGGAUCAUGUUUUCUCCACAUUUUAAUACAUGCUGGUAUUAGAUUAACUAAGUUAAUGUAAACUGUUGUGCUCUAACCUAUAACCUAUAUUCUUAUGUAUUGCACAUGAGUUAAAUUAAUAAAUCUCACAAACACAUUGCCUUUGUGCUAUAUAAUCUUUAAGACAAUGACCUAUUCUUCUUUUUCUGUUUUUUAAGCGUGAAACUGACUUAGCAGAAGUGCAUUGAAGAGGGAAAUAAUAAGAGAAUAUACUGUACUUUAUAUAAAACAAAAGAAAAAUUUUAUAAAACAAAGAUGGAGAAACUAAAGUGAAGAGCAGAAAAAAAUAACAUUAGCAAAAGUAAUUAUAAUACAAAUGUCUAUUUGUUUAGUAUUACAAGCUAGGGAUUUUUGCAACAUGAUCAACAUGUGUGUCUGUUAUCCUGGCUGCUGUUUUCACAAUGCAAAGUUCACAAAUAAGAAAAAAACAUCUUAAACUUAUUUGAAAA